AUGGCGGCUGGUUCGCGGCUUAUUUGUAUCAACAAUGCGCCAAUGGAGAUUGAGCUCACACAGGAGCCUUUGCGAGUCGGCCGGGCUGUGCAGCCAUUCGCCGUCUGGCAGCAACUGAUCCCAGACGAAAACACAAGGAACACCAUCUCACGCAUCCACUUCGAGGUGGUUCGCAGCGCCAGUGCCCUUGUCCUUCGCAAUCUCAGCUCUCAGGGCACGCUCGUAAAUGGAUCUGCAGUGGAUAAGGAGGUUGUCCUGAAGGAUGGAGACAUCAUUUCCAUAGGUCAGGUCGAGUCUGAGUAUGGCAUGAAGCCAACUCUGCAGUUCAAGGUGCACCUUUCCGAGGAGGAUGCGACAGCCAAAGUGCAGACUUCUGUAUGUCUCUGGUGGCUUCUCCCAGGUACGAAUGGCGCAGAACCCACUGUGCUCAACAAGCAGUUGUUGGCUGGGCCGACAGGCGCUGUGCGCGUUGGUCGAGCCCUGCAGCCUCCGGAAUUUUGGCAGACUCUGGUUCCAGAUGAAGCUUGCAGAAUUGCGAUCUCGCGGGAACAUUUCGACGUUUGCCCCGCAGAGGAUGGUGUGAUGUUAAUAAACCGCAGCAUCGCGGGGACACUGCUGAAUGGCGUGAUGGUGCAACAGCAGAGCCGAGUCAGCAAUGGAGAUGUUAUUGCCAUCCCUUUGCAUGGCCAGCCGAAGGCAUCACCGAUAGUCCAGUUUCGCCUGGAGUGCAUCCCUGUCAGCACCGCCUAUGCCGUGCCCAAGGCAGAUGCUGCACCUCGUUUGCUCGGCUCUGUUGGGAACCAGGCGCUUGAUAAUGCCGCAUUUGCGUCGCCGCCCAAAGUGAAGGAAGACUCGGACGUUGUGAAAGUCGCCGUUAGUGCUCUUCCUCCGCCAUUCUCUCUUGAAUGUGUGGCCGCAAGAGGCUCAGAAGGAGCAGACCUUGAACAGCUACCUAAGACGUCCCGCGUCCUGGCCGCAAGUUUCUCUCAAGCGGAGAUCUCCGUGGGCUCCUCCUUCCAAUCGGCAGACUUCUGGGAGCCGUUGUUGAAGGACCCUGCGCUGCGCGCCAAGAUACUGCCCCUUCAUUUUCGGAUCUCCAUGGCCCACCUCAGUGAUGGGCCAAUGUUGCUGCUAGAUGCACACGCUGCAACGGAGCUGAAUGGCAACAUCAUAGAAGGCAAGGCGCCAGUUUUGCAGAAUGACUUGAUCAGCAUUGGCGGCACACCUGAUGGCUCCGUGGACCAUGCGCCGUUGGUGUGCUUCCGCGUGAAUUCAGCACUGAGCUAA